AUGCAGGUGCAGGCCCUGACGAAAACAUUUGUGGUGGUGGUGGUGCUAGCCCUGCUGGUGGGCCUGAUGGCCCUGACCGUAUCGGGGGCGCGCGACUGUCAAGGUAGGGUGGGCUCCUCCUCCUACGACCUCGCUCCGCUGGAGAGGGAGCUUCGUGGGCAGGACGUCACCGCCAGCGGGGCGGGCAACACCUACUACUACUCCGUGUGCGGCGUGGUGAGCAACACGGUCUGCCAAACGAGCACCGACAAUGUCCCGGCCGUAUGCCAGCGGGACAUUGUGGGCCAGUACCUCGACUGCGGCAGCCAGCGCACAGCGCGUUUCGAGCAGCUGCCGGGCGGAGGCGAGUCGGACGGCUUCAGCCUCUCCUUCUCCGGUGGUCGGGAUGGUCGUGAGUCCCGCAUCCUCUUCAAGUGCGACCCGAACGCGCGGGGCUCGUUCUCGUUUGUGAAAGAGGACCCGGUGCUGACCUACACCCUGCAAUACGUGUCCAAGUACGCCUGCCCGACGAACCGCCAGCCCAGCGGCCCGGAUACUGUCACGCUGUGCGGCUGCAGCACGAGCUGCAGGAACUGUGUGGACUACCCGCUGGGCCAGUGCAUGCCGGUGAUCCCCAUGUGCACCGGCCAAGAUGCCGGCUUCGUGCGCGUCGACCAGCAGUCCAGCACGCAGUUCCUCAUCAGCGGCUUUCUCGACAGCACCUGCUCGCUGCCCCUCGUCCAAGCGGUGACGAGCUGCAGCCAGUGCAACGGAGCAGUCCUGGCCCUGUGCGGCUCGUCGCGCGGCGGUCUGCCCGGGUGGGGCAUCGCUUUGAUCGUGGUGUGCUCGCUGCUCGGUGCCCUGGUGCUCGCGCUGGGGGCAGCAGUGGCCUGUCUGGUGUACAGCCGCCACCGCCGCUCCCGCGCUCUGCCCGGCUACCGACCCGCCGAGGUGAGCCUCCAGGUCCAGGAAGCGGAAGCUUUGGUGGUUGAAGAUGCAGUUAAGCAAUGA